CGUCCGGCGUCCGGUGAUUCCCUCCGUCGCGCGUAGCGUGUCAACGCCACAUAUUCAUCUCCUUCCCCGCACGCCGUCGUCGGCAUCGAGCACGGCUGUCGACAUUGAGCUCCAAAACCAUCGCGCCAGCAUCUCUCUGCGUCUGGCGAGAUGUCCCGCCGCGUCGUCUCUAGCGCGACGAACAGGCGCGACAGCGCGCCCCCACACAUCCGCAUUCCCCGUCGAGCCACGUCGAUCCCCUUCGCCGCGCCCCCCUUCGCCAAUACCCUCUCCCCUCGAGAGGAGAGCCCGCCGGCGUCAGCGUACUUUACCAACUUGCGUGAUGACAGCGACUCAACGCCGAGACCCGCUCCGGGCGCGGAGGAUCACUUCGCGUACAGCACGACGCUCAGACGGCACGGGCAGCAUAGUCUGAUACCUGGGAGCGCGAGCGCAGGCAGUCUCGGGGGCUUCGGGCUCGAGAGCCGAGCGCACGCGAGCGCCUUCCCGUACCGCGAGUCUCCCGGCCCUCAGGAUAUGUGGGGUCAGGCGCGCGCACUCGUCCGCCGUGCGGUGGCGCACAUUACUGGGCAGCCCGAGUAUGACCGCGUUGACUACGCUAGCGGCGGGAGGACCGUGUUCGAUGCAGGCGAGACCGAGAUGGAGCACGUCGAGCGGAAGGACACCGCGUCCGCGCGCUAUGCGCACAUGUCGAUCGAGGAGACUGUCUCUGCGUUCAGCACCUCUGCAACAGACGGGCUGGACGAGUCCGCCAUCCCAGGCCUUCGCGAACGCUAUGGCUACAACGAGUUUACUGUCGGCCCGAAGGAGAGCCUGGCUGUCAAGCUAUGGAAUACCCUUACCGACUCCCCCCUCAUUCCAUUGCUUCUCGGAAGCGCCUUCGUGAGUGCCCUGGUAGGCAAUGUGGACGAUGCGGUCAGUAUUACGGUCGCAGUGGCUAUCGUCCUUACAGUCGGCUUCAUCCAAGAGCGCCGCUCCGAAGAAUCCCUCGCCGCGCUCAACAAGCUCGUCCCCCACCACUGCCACGUCAUUCGCGCUGGCCGCGCGCACCAUGUCCUCGCGAACGAGCUCGUCCCUGGCGACGUCGUCACCCUGAGCACCGGCGACCGCGUGCCCGCGGACUUGCGCCUGGUCGAGGCGGUCGAGUUCGAGGUGGACGAGAGCAGCUUGACAGGCGAGACGGAGGCGAGGGUGAAGGGCGUGGAUGAAUGUGGGGCUGCGGAGGGCGCGAAUGGAGGUGGAGCGACGGCGCUGGCGGAUAGAACGUGCGUGGCGUAUAUGGGGACGUUGGUGAGGAAUGGUCGCGGGCGAGGAAUCGUCAUCGCGACCGGUCGCGAUACGGAGUUCGGUGUAGUGUUCUCGAUGAUGGAGGAGGUCGACGAUAAACGGACACCCCUGCAGCUCUCGAUGGACGCUCUCGCGUCGCAGCUUAGUAUGAUGAGCUUCGCGGUGAUUGGUGUAAUCUGUCUCAUUGGUGUACUCCAGCAUCGCUCAUGGCUAGAAAUGUUUACGAUUGGAGUCUCCCUCGCUGUGGCUGCUAUCCCGGAGGGCCUGCCCAUUGUUACGACGGUGACGCUGGCCCUGGGCGUGCUCCGUAUGGCGAACCGCAAGGCGAUCGUCAAGAAGCUUCACUCGGUUGAGGCGCUCGGCUGCGUCAGCGUUGUAUGUAGCGACAAGACGGGUACUCUCACGAAGAACGAACAGACCGUUGUAGAAGCCUACACGGUUGACACGACUGUACAUCUAGACGCGGACGGGCAAGUGUUGGAGGGCGCAGCGUCGGUCGGCUUUAGCACCCAUCCUGAGAAGCCCGGCGCCUAUCCGCCAGGCCCAUCCUCCCUCCACCCGCAUCCCCCACAUCUCAAUGGUCCGCCGUCAUCCCUCAGCCAAUUAUCCGGACGCGCGACGCCGAGUCGGGACGGACUCUCUCCGGCGCUGCGGAAGGCCCUCGAAAUAGGCGCGCUGUGCAACAAUGCCUCGGUAGCGCGCAAUGGGGACGGGAUUUAUGUCGGGCAUGCCAUGGAUGUCGCGCUGUUGAAUGCAGCGGAGGCGGUCGGCAUGCGAGUCGCCGAUAGGAGAGGGACCUUCAGACGACAAUCUGAGCGCCCGUUCUCGAGUGAGACGAAGUACAUGGCGGUCAGCGGGGUACAUACGGAUGAGCCGAGUGGGGAUGCGACUGCGCCCGAAGUACUGUAUAUGAAGGGCGCGAUAGAGGCGGUGCUUCCGCUAUGUCGCUCGUACCAUGUCGCGGAGGGGUCAACUCCAGACAUAGACGCAACCAUGCGCUCCACUAUCAUGUCUCGCUCGCACGACGCCGCGCGUCGCGGUCUUCGCGUCCUCGCCAUGGCUUACGGCCGAGGCAGCGCAGAAGGGCUCGCCAACGUCGACGCCGAUGUUGCGGCCCCCACCCUCGUCUUCGCGGGCUUCUGCGCGAUGCUGGACCCGCCUCGGAAGGGCGUCUCAGACGCGGUUGGGUUGCUGCGCCGUGGCGGGGUGCAUGUGGUGAUGAUCACGGGCGACGCCGAGGAGACGGCGGCAAAGAUCGCGGGCGAGCUGGGUCUGGGCGUAGGCAGGGAGAUGGUGGCGAGUACAGUCCCCGGUGCGGGGCGCUCCCCGCAUAUCCUGACGGGCGCGGACAUCGAUGGGAUGACGCCGAAGCAGCUGGAGCAACGCGUGGGAGCUGUGAGCGUGUUUGCGCGGACGACGCCGCGACAUAAGAUGCGCAUCGUCGCUGCGUUCCAGGCGCGCGGAGAGGUAGUGGCGAUGACGGGUGAUGGAGUGAACGAUGCGCCGGCUUUGCGGAUGGCCGACAUCGGCGUGUCGAUGGGCAAGAGCGGGACAGAUGUCGCGAAGGAGGCCGCCGACGUGAUCCUCGUCGACGACAACUUCACGACUUUGCUUCCUGCAGUUGAGGAAGGCAAAUCCAUCUUCCACAACAUUCAAAACUUCAUCGGCUUCCAGCUGAGUACGGCUGUGGCUGCGUUGUCGCUCAUUACUUGCAGUACGCUCCUGGGCUUGAGUAACCCCUUGAACGCCAUGCAGAUCCUGUUCAUCAACAUCCUUAUGGACGGCCCGCCAUCCCAGUCCUUGGGCGUGGACCCGGUCGAUCCUGCCGUCAUGCGCAAGCCGCCUCGCAAGAAGGACGCCGCCAUCAUCACGAAGCGUUUGAUGUAUCGUGUGCUGUUCUCCGCGUCGCUCAUCGUGGCCGGUGUGCUUCUGGUCUACCUGUGGGCGUUGGAGGACAAUGGCCUGAGCAAGCGUGAGCAGACGCUGACAUUUACCGCCUUCGUCGUCCUCGACCUCGUCUCCGCCAUCCAGAACCGCUCCCUGGUCUCCGGCCUCGGCGCAAAUCGCAUGCUCGCGCUCUCGGUGUCAAUUUCACUCACGACACAACUAUCCUUCAUCUACGUGCCCUUCCUCCAACGCAUAUUCCAGACGGAGGCGUUGGGGCUGGGCGAUAUAAGUCUCAUCCUAAUCUUGGCGGGCGCGAGCUUUGCCGCACAUGAAGCUAGACGAACGUACGAGCGCAAGCUCAAUGUUGACGAUGAGGGGCUGCGGGCGGACGUUGUGUAAAUUAUCACUGGUAUAUCUGGAAUAGACGGCAUGGAUUCCUUCUCAGAAAUCUUUUUAUCCUUGUCGUACUGCUGUAAAGCGCAGGUCGCUGCACCAGCCACUGCACUUGUAGCCGUG